AUGUAUAUCAAAACACUCAAUAAUACUGAACUCAAACAGUACAUGAAAAAACUACUAUACUUAACAAUGAAUCACCAAAAAAAGACACACAAACCACUCAAUCCUGUGAAGAGUACCAAUUUCUUUUCAAAAUUAUUUUUCACUUACACAGCCAAACUCUUUCUAAAAGGAUAUAAGAAAGAGCUGACUGAAACCGACAUAUACGAAGUACUACCAUCGUACGAGUCGAAACAGUUAGGACAAAAACUAGAAAAAGAAUGGACGAAACAAGCAAGAAACAACCGGAACUCGUUACCACACCUUCUGUUCAGAUGCUUCGGCAAACAGUACUUUCUACUAGUACUAACUUUAAUCAUUCCGCUAACUCUAACAGCUGUGAAACCCCGACUGACCAAAAGAUUUAUUUUGUACUUUGCGUCCGACCGUACCACUUUUCCGAAAAGCGAAGCGUGUGCUUAUUGCUGGUACUAG